UGGGCCGGGUUCCGCGCCGGCUGCGCCACCGACUGAUGGCGGACUCUCCACUGCUGCCGCCGGCGGCCGUGCGCGGCAUGACGCUUCUCGACCGCGCCGCCUUCCGCCGGCCACUGGACGUGUGCGCGCUGCGCGUGCCGCGCGACAGCAUCACGGCCGUCUGCAGACUGGUGAAGGCGCAGAUGCUGCGCGUGCCCGCGCUGCGGCCGGUGCAGCAGGCCGAGGAGCUGGAGCCGGGACUGGCGGGCGGGGAGGCGGGCGGUGACGCUGCCCAGAAGGUGGUGCUGCUGGACCCGGGCCAGGUGAAGGACGAAGACGAUCUGCCGUGGCCGGGCCUGCGGCAGCUGGGACUGGAGCCGGCGGCCAGCUUCUGCCGGCUGCCGCUGGCGCUGACGUACGAGAACUACCGCGCCGACGCCGUGCUGCGCGCCGUGCUGCCCGGCGACCAGGACGGCUGCACCAGCUUCUCCCGCGUCGGCCACCUCAUCCACCUGAACCUGAAGGAGCACCUGCUGCCCUACGGGCGGCUCAUCGGCGCCGUGCUUAUGGACAAGCACAGUGGCGUCCGCACGGUCGUCAACAAGCUCAACACCAUCGACAACACCUUCCGCAACUUCAGUAUGGAGCUGCUGGCCGGCGAGCCCGACUACGUGGUCGACGCGCGCGAGAAUGGCUGCGGCUUCCGCAUGGACUUUUCGCAGGUGUACUGGAACCCGCGCCUCUGCACGGAGCACGAGCGCGUGGUGGCGCUGCUGCGGCGCGGUGACACGCUGCUGGACGUGUUCGCCGGCGUGGGGCCGUUCGCCGUUCCGGCGGCGCGCAAGGGCUGCCACGUGCUCGCCAACGACCUCAACCCCGAGUCGGCGCGCUGGCUGCGCCACAACGUGCAGGCCAACAAGGUGGCCGAGCGCGUACAGACGUUCAACAUGGACGGCCGCGAGUUCAUCCGCACCGAGGUGAAGCGAGCUGCGCUGGAGUUUCUGACCGAGAAGCCGGGCCAGGCUCAGAUGCACGCCGUCCUCAACCUGCCGGCGCUGGCCAUCGAGUUCGUCGACGCGUUUCUGGGUCUCUUGUCGCCGGAGGAGCUGCCGGAGGGCUCGCAUUUGCCGCUGCGCGCGCACGUGUACACAUUCACGAAGGAGCUCGAGGUGGCUGAGCAGAGCGUCCGAGCCAUGUUGAACGCCAACCUGGGCCGUGACGUCGCCGAGCACGUGCAGGAGGUGUUCAUGGUGCGCAACGUGGCGCCCAACAAGCUGAUGUAUCGCAUCACGUGGGAUGUGCCGCGUGAAGUGCUAUGUGCUUUGGCCACUGAGCCUGCUCGGAAGAGGCCAAAAAUUGACGAGUGAUUUUUUUUUUUGGUAGAUGCUAGGAUUUAGGGAAACUGCCUUAUAGAUAGAGGUUGGUUAUUCAUUUGGAUGACCUUUUUGGUACGCAGAGGUUCUCUGACGUGAUUUUAGACCUUGUAAUGAUAACGCAAAUGAUCAGUUGCACGUCAAUGCUUGUACAAAAAAACCAAGAUGGACGAGAUUUCGGCCUUAAGCCGUGUACGGGUUUACAACCUGCACGUGGCUGGAGGCCAAGGUCUUAUGUACUUUGGCUUGCUUUUAUGUUUGAAUUGCUAUCAUUGGCAUGCGGUUGGCCAUAUGUGUUCUUAUGACAAUAUGGAUGAUUUCUGUAUCGAUUCCCCAAUGGUAUCGAUGGAGGCUGGUUGGCGUAAUUUUCGCAGGCGUUUCUGUUGAAGUUGGCGCAUUAUGGCUGGGCGGACGACAUGUCGUAACUUGGCCUGCCAUUUGUUGAAUUCUUGUGUCACAGCUUGGUAUAAUACAUCCAAACUGG